AUGAUUAGUCCACCUAAUCGCACCGUUGAUAUCUACGUUAGAUGCCUAUAUUUGUCACAAAGAUCGGUAAUGAAUUUAUGCUUCAGAAACUUCACACUUCUGCUGCAUAGACGCAGCCAGUCAACAAUAAGCACAAGACAUCUUCCAACGAUAUAUGCAUUAUCGACUCCCACUGGACAGCGAUCAGCGAUUGCCGUGGUAAGGGUAUCAGGUGGCCAUGCUAAAUAUAUUUACCGUGCUCUCACAAAAACUCUGCAAGAUCCCAAACCUCGAACAGCUAUUCUGAAAAAAUUAUACAACCCCAAAAGUCAAGUGUCAAGACCUAAUCUACUGGACCAUGCUUUGACAUUAUUCUUCCCAACGCCAAAAAGCUUUACAGGAGAGGACGUUUUGGAAUUGCAUAUACACGGUGGUAAAGCUGUGACAAGAAGUGUCCUGAAGGCUAUUGAGUCUUUGCACGAUGAAACGAGCGAGAAGCACAUAAGGUAUGCCAAUGCAGGGGAAUUUUCAUUAAGAGCCUUUCAAAAUGGCAAGUUCGAUCUUACAGAAAUUGAGGGUAUCAGAGAACUGAUAGAUGCAGAGACAGAAUCUCAACGACGGAGCGCAUUAUCAAGCCUCAAUGGAGAGAAUAGGAAUAAAUUUGAUAUGUGGAGAUCUCAAAUCAUAGCGAACAUCGCCCAGUUGACUGCGAUAAUAGACUUUGGAGAAGAUACCGAGAUGAAUGAUAUAAAUGACAUAUUUGAUACGGUGGAGACUAAUAUGCUGCGACUCAAAAGGGAAAUCAAAGACUUCAUUAUUAAAAUCGAAAAAUCAAGCAUUCUACAAAGUGGAAUAAAACUUGUGUUACUAGGGCAACCAAAUGCUGGGAAAUCAUCGUUGAUAAACGCAAUCAGCAACGAAGACAUAUCAAUUGUGAGCCAAAUACCCGGAACAACCAGAGAUGCAUUAGAAAAUUUGAUAGAGGUAAACGGCUUCAAAGUGAAGAUCUGCGACACUGCGGGGAUUAGGGAUAAUAUUUCGGAUCAAAUUGAGCUUCUUGGAAUUGAGAAAGCGAUUAAAAAGAGUCACUACUGCGACAUCUGUCUUAUAUUAAUCGAUCCGACCCAAAAGCCGCUUCUGAGUAAUGAAAUGAAGAAAAUACUCAAAUCCUCACAAUUUGUUGGCAAGGAAAUUGUUAUUGUAAUAAAUAAGAAAGAUCUGAUAUCGGGAUUGGGGGAAAAGAACUCCAUCGAGUCAGAGCUACGGUCACAAUUUGAUAAAAAACAUCCGAUUAUCGCCAUCUCAUGUCUGAAUUUUGAUGGAAUAACAAAUCUGGUAAAUAAAUUAACUGAAAUGUUUCAACAUAUGUCCGAUAGUGGUGUCGAGUUCGACCCGAUAGCGGUAUCUCAAAGAGUUAGAGAAAUUCUUAGGAAUGAUAUUCUUUUUGGAAUCGAGCAAUUUCUCAUUAACAAGCAGCUUGACAAUGACGUUGUUAUGGCCUCCGAAAGCCUAUCUCAUGUCGCAGACGGCAUCGGAAAGAUCACUGGAGAGACAGUUGGCAUAGAGGAAAUUUUGGGCGUAGUAUUUAGUAGUUUUUGUGUCGGGAAAUAG